AUGAGAACUUUACAUGUUGAGGCAUUAGCUAUCGGUGUAGGUAUUGCUGGUGGAGCUAGAGCAGGCAUCAGUACAGGUAUAGUUGUCGGUGGUGGUGGUUAUCGUGGUAUUCGCAGCUAUAUGCCUAGGCGUAGACGUUUGGGGAUUGACAUAAGACAAAGUGCACAUGGCGGUGGUAGUUAUAAUGAUUUAGCAAUCAGCGGAAGUACAAGAAAGAGAACUGUUAAAAAAGAAAUAAUUGAGGAACCUGAAGAGGAGAAAUAUGAAACAGUAAUAAAGAAAAAAAGAGUCAUUGAACAGGAUAUUGACGUACCUGAACCAAAGCUACCCGUAGAUGAUGUCGGAACAACAAUAAAGAAAAGAGUUGUCAAAAAAACGUUUAAUGAAGAUGACUCUGAUGGUUAUGACAGUUCCAGUGUGAAGACUAAACGAACUGUGAAAAGACGAACAAAAGUCGAUGAUGACACUUUUGAUGACCUUGAUAAUUGGUGA